GUCUUCUGUGUGCAUAAACGGGGUAUGCACUCAUGAGUGUGUGUGUGUGUGUGUACAUGUGUGUAAUUCUUACAUAUCGCAGGUGGCUGCUGUAAAAGUGAAGCAGUGAGAUCACUCAGAGGGAUAGGCAGGAUAGAGGGGGCUAUAAAGGCAACUCGACUGAAGCAUCAGCCAUCGUAGAAACAGGACAGGUGAGGAGCGGAGAGGACAGUUUUAUGAGGAGACAGCCCAGCUUCGGAGGUGUGAAGACAAAAAAAAUAGUUUGAGUUGGGCAGCUGUAAUAUAAAUAACUAGAUAGAUAAAAAAGUCAGCAGGUGGAGUGUUAUUAUUCUCCAGCAGACCAUCUUCCAGUGGAUGUAGACAGGACCAGGUCAAAAUUUAGAUUUCAGAGCAGACAGCUUUCAAACAGACCAACUCUUGUGGACUACUGCUGCCUAGAAGAUACCUAAAAAAACGACAAAUAAUUAGUUACUUCCAAGGAGCUUGAAGCAUCAGUGUCAAAAUGUGCUCAGGUGGCUUUGCCAAAUGUCUGGGUAUCACCCUGAUACCUCUGGCCAUCAUGUGUGUGCUGUGUAACAUCCUGCUCUUCUUCCCCGGUGGAAAUGUUGUAGACUCAGAGCAUAUCACGGACCAGGUCUGGUACUUCGGAGGCAUUCUAGGAUCUGGAGUUCUGGUGAGUUAUUAGGAAUAUGGUUAUUGAAAGCUUAAGAAAACCCAUCAUUUUGGUUUAUCACAGAGUAGGUGAGGCAUGCAGUGUGAUACCAAUGGACUUUGUUACUCUUUACGGGGCAAUUUGCUGCAAAUAAUCAUCAUUCUCAUCAAAGUUAGUGAGAUAUUGCCACCUAGAUUGAUUUAUUGUUUACAUUACAAAAACAAAGGUUGUACAUUUUUAAAAGGCCAAUGUUCAGGAAUGUUGUUUUUUUUUUACCUGAAAAAGAAGAAGCUUAUUGAGUAGUCAGCAGAUAUUUUUACCCCGACAGCUCAAAAAGCUACACCUAAAUGAGUUGAUUUAGUAAAAACACAAGAAUUAGACGUUUACAAUAAUUUGAAGUUGCGUUUUUUUAAAGUGUUAAUUUUAGUAGUUUUGUGAAGUUUGUUAAAGAUACAAAAAUGUCAGUUCAGGUGGGAAAUUGUUUCAGCUUAAGCCAAAAUUUACUUCAUUAACUAGUUAUGAUAUAGAAAAUUUUUGAUAGUGUUUGGACUCCAGGCAGUUUAAUAUCUGCCUGCAUACAACAGAGGAACCAAUAAUUUGUUAUCUGUGUGUGUGUUUGUGCGUGUGUGUGAACUUUGGGUGUGUUCGGGUGACAGAUGAUCUUCCCAGCCCUGGUCUUCUUGGGCCUGAAGAACAAUGACUGCUGCGGUUGCUGUGGCAACGAAAGCUGUGGGCGGAGAUUUGCGGUGAGCAGAUGUUUUGCUGUUAAACUUUCUACAAUAAUGAAAUGAUGAUGUUUAAUGUUGUGUUUGUACCAAAACUCUAGUAUUGGGCUUAAAAGAGACUUAAAAGACUCACAAAGGCCUUAAAAAUCCAAAUGCAGCUUAAGCUCUGCAGUCUUGUAAAUUAAUUCCUUCCUGAGGUGUCAAUUUCUUUAUCAAAGCAGCUCUCAAAGUUAAAUAUUUAUCAUUUACUGCGUCACAUUUUUUAAACUAAUAAAGGCUGCUGUAAAUAAGGUGGUGCCUUUUAUUAGGGGCGUGUCCAGAUUUUUUGACUGGGAUGGUCAAACUUGGCGACUAAGUUAUGCUGAGGUGGCAUGAAGUAUGUGCACACACACCCAUAAAUGAAGGGCAUUUACUAACCCUGUUUAUCUUCACUCAUUAAUCCAAUGAUAAAUCAGGUUGAAUAUUAUUGAAUGACGACUUUCUGCUGUUCUGCUUUGGUUGUCUGUAACAUUCUUGGACAUACUCCUGAAAAAGAGAUUUUUAACCUUAAUCAGGCAGAAAAAAAGACAGAGCCCAAAAAGCUGGUUUCAAAUGCUGGUUAAGAUUUUAGGGUGGCAGAUGCCACCCACAGACACCCUGCAGACAUAUAUACAUAUAUAUAUAUAAAAUGACCAGACCGACAGAAACUUUAGCAGUUUCACAAGAAAGUUCUUCAGAGAGGAGUUUCCCCGGACUUUAUCUCACAGAGCUGGUAUUGUUCCCCAGCAGGAACUCAUUCAGAUCAAUACUACAGGAAUGUGUGAGCAGUGUGACAUACAGGGGCAAACAUGGAUUUGCCAGUUUACAGUACAAACUUACUCACACACAGACAGGUACUGAUACAUACUAGAAUCUCUGUUGGUUCUGUACUGUCACCCCGCUCACCGCAAACUGAGAUGUUAUUGAUUUACAUCAUGAGUAAAAGACCCCCUCCUCUCCAGAUGCUGAGCUCCAUCCUGUUUGCAGCGGUGGGUGUGACGGGCGCUGGUUACUCAGUCAUAGUUUCUUCUCUGGCCCUGAACAAAGGACCUCUGUGUGUUACUAACGGAACAACCUGGGGCACUCCUUUCUCAGAUGGGUGAGCUAAAAGAUAAUAACUGAUAUUAAAUGCAGAAUAAAAAGCACAGAGCAGCUUGAAACUCAAUAUUUUUUAUUCUUCACCUGAAAGUGUUUGUUGAUCUCUUUUCUCACCCUCUCUCUCCAGUAACUAUCUGAGCGACAGUUCUCUGUGGAAGCUUUGCUUGGCGCCAGAAGGCAUCGUGUCGUGGCAUCUCUCCCUCUUCUCCGUGCUGCUGGUCGCCGGUUUGGUCCAGAUGGCGCUUUGUGCGGUGCAGGUGAUAAACGGCCUGUUCGGCGCUAUCUGUGGGGACUGCUGCGGCUGCUGUGGAGGGGUCAGUAUCCGAUUAGAGAUUAUUUCCCUGUAAUUAGGAUUAGAUUAAACUGUUUUGAUGCUGUUUUUAAUCACCGCAGGGAUAGAUCAGGAAAUAUAAAUGUAAAAAUUAGGGCUCGCUGAUGUUUAAGGAUCUGACAGGAAGUUUAAAACAUAGUUGGAGACACUGGUUUGGUCUAGUAGUUACAUCAUGUACUGAGGAUUUCAGCCUUUUAGCAGGUGGUCCAGGUUCAAGUCUUAAGUGUCAGUAAUAAAAUUAAAUGUGUUCAUUCCUAUUCCCUUUUCAGACUAAACCCCAUAAAACACCGACUUUUGUUUUUAAUGUUUCAGAGUGAUGGAGCAGUUUAAACACUUCCUACAGUCAGAAGAGCACGAAGACGGACGACUCCUGUAUUUAAUCUACAGCUAAAGGAUGGAGAAUAUUCUCCUGCUUAAAACCACACCUUUUAUAUUGUGUAUGAGAGCUCAUUGAUUACAUCGUGAUAACUAUUAAUACACACAUGUGAAAUGACAGAGCUCUUGAAUUUAUCAUUAUCCUAUUUUGUGACCCUGACUUUAUGUUAUUCAUAUUUAAUGUGCAGCUAGUGAUAUUCCUAUGGCUCCAAUUACUGACAGUUGUUGUAUUAAUUGUGUUAAUUUCCCUUUUUAGUCUGUACCUAUUUGUCACCCUCUUUCCCCUUCAGGAACAGAUUCUUACAACUUUUAUCCGUUUUACAUGACUGCACCCUGCUGUGCAGCUUUUUUAUUGCAUGUGUUACUCUUCCUGGGGCCUGAAGGUUCAUAGAGACAGAUGACCUGCAUGUACAGUAUAUAUGCUCUAUCAGGAGUGAGGUGUAUUUGUUAUAGAUGAGACAAUUCACUUUAAUUUCAAUAACACACUGUACAAUUGUGUUUAUCAAACAUGCUGUAAAGUCUCUCCACAUCAAAUCAGCUUGUUUCUCUCUGAGAUUAAAGGUGUACUUUGGUCUUUUCACUGGGAAAAAUUUGACACAUCUUAAGGUUUUACAGAGACUUAAAUGUUACUGUCAAUUUGUUAUUUUCUCUUGUACCAAAUGUGCUUUCACAAACUUGCCUUCACUUGUCAGCUGUACUGUAAUAAAUUAACUUAUUCCUCAA